AUGGCCAGCCAGUUCUGCAUCCUUCCAGCCCCACGCAGCUCAUCCCUAAAACCUUUGAAGUCACACUUCAUGGACUUACAGGCAGGCAUCCGGGUGGCCAUUCAGCGCAGUGACAGGCGGAUCCACCUAGCUGUGGUCACGGAGAUUAACAGAGAAAACUCUUGCGUCACAGUCGAGUGGAUGGAGAAAGGGGUUAAAAAAGGUAAGAAGAUUGAUCUGGAGACCAUAUUCCUGUUGAAUCCAGCUCUGGCCAUUGCUGAAUACCCAAAUCUACGCAGGACCCUGUGCCCCAAGUCUGUAACGCCCAUUGCAGCCGGAGGGGACCAACGUACCUCUACCAAAUGGAUGACAAUGAUACCCCAAAGACAGGAGCCACCCUCAGGGGAUAGCCAAUCCUUGGUGGUCCCUGGCAGCCCUUGUCUGAUGACAAGGAAAAAAUCUCCAUGCUUGAGGGAAAUUGAGAAACUGCAGAAGCAGCGAGAAAAGCGCAGAAAGUUGCAGAUGGAGAUACGGGCUAGACGUGCGCUUGAUGCCAACAGGCAAAACCCGAACUAUGAGACCAUGCGCAUGAUCGAGGAGUACCGCAGACAGCUGGCCAGCAGCAAGGUGGCCAGUCCGGAGUCCCUCGAAGACCAUAGGAUCUGCGUGUGCGUGAGGAAAAGGCCUCUCAACCAGCGAGAGAGUGCCCUGAAGGACCUGGAUAUCAUUACUAUCCUCCCUCGCCACGUGGUUAUGGUACAUGAGUCGAAGCAAAAGGUGGACCUGACCAGAUACUUGGAGAACCAGACCUUCUGUUUCGACCAUGCCUUUGAUGACACAGCCUCCAACGAGUUAGUGUACCAGUUCACUGCCCAACCCUUGGUGGAGUCCAUCUUCCACAAGGGCAUGGCCACCUGCUUUGCCUAUGGGCAAACCGGCAGUGGGAAAACGCACACUAUGGGCGGAGUCUUUGCUGACAAGGCCCAGGAUUGUUCUAAAGGCAUUUAUGCCUUGGUAGCACAGGAUGUCUUCGUUCUACUUAAAAAUCCCUCUUAUGAGAAACUGAAUCUCAAAGUCUACGGGACAUUUUUUGAGAUUUAUGGUGGCAAAGUGUAUGAUUUGUUAAACUGGAAGAAGCAGCUGCAAGUCUUCGAGGACGGCAACCAGCAAAUACAGGUGGUGGGGCUGCAGGAGCAAGAGGUGCGUAGCGUGGAGGAUGUGCUGAAUCUCGUGAAACUAGGAAACAGCUGUCGGACUUCCGGGCAGACCUCUGUCAACGUGCACUCCUCCAGGAGCCAUGCGGUGUUCCAGAUCAUUCUGAAGUACGCAGGGAAACUGCAUGGCAAGUUUUCUCUUGUUGACCUGGCUGGGAAUGAAAGAGGACCAGAUACUGCCAAGGCCACCCGCAAGAGGCAGUUGGAAGGGGCUGAGAUUAAUAAGAGCCUCCUGGCUCUCAAAGAAUGUAUCAGGGCUUUGGGUAAGAACAAGGCUCACGCUCCGUUCAGAGCCAGCAAGCUCACACAGGUGCUCCGGGACUCCUUCAUAGGCCAUAACUCCUUCACCUGCAUGAUUGCUACCAUUUCACCGGGGAUGAGUUCUUGUGAAAACACCCUUAACACUUUAAGAUAUGCUAACAGAGUAAAAGAAUUAGCUCUAGACAGAAAGUUUAACAACCAUACUGGCCCCUCCCCAGUUGACUGUGAGCCAACACGCAUGUUAGGAAAGCACCCGAGGGACUCAGAAACAUCCCUGCAGAAAGGUGAACUUAUUAAUGUGCCUUGCACCUGGGGCAAGGAGCAAAAGCAAAGUGAAGCUGAUGAGACAUCAUCCACACCAUUGACGAAGGACCCUGAGGCUUCCUGGAGGGAAUCCAGCCAGUGCUGGGAGAAUGUUCAGGAGGAGUCAGCUGAUGGAGCCUAUUACAGUGUUGAUUUUUGCAUAACCCAGUCACUGUCUAUUUUGGAGCAAAAAAUUAGCAUUCUGACUGAUAUCCAAAAGAAACUCAAAUCAUUAAGAGCUGACCUCAGAAAGAAGAGCAAAAUUGAAUGA